GAGGGAAAGAAUAUCCGUUUUCUUUGCCACAAAUAUUUUCGUUUUGGGGUUUUCAUAAUUUUGCUCUUCUCAGCUUCGAUAGUAAUUUUCCGAUGGCUUCAAGUUCAGAGAAGACAACUCUUCCUCCUUCGGAUGAGAAAAACGAGACCAAGGAAGAGAGUAAGAGUACUAAACCUGAAUCAAGCGCAGGAGCUUCACCUUCACCUUCACCUCCAGUGACUGAUCCUGGGCUUGAUUUCAGUGCUUUUGAUUUCUCAGGCAUGGCUGGUAUUCUCAAUGAUCCAAGUAUCAAGGAAUUAGCUGAGCAAAUAGCUAAAGAUCCUUCCUUUAACCAGUUAGCUGAGCAGCUUCAGAGAUCUGUUCCAACAGCGUCGCAUGAAGGAGGUUUACCGAACUUUGAUCCACAACAGUAUAUGCAAACCAUGCAACAGGUUAUGGAGAAUCCUGAGUUUAGGACAAUGGCUGAGCGUCUUGGUAGCGCUUUGGUGCAGGAUCCGCAAAUGUCUCCCUUUUUGGAGGCUCUCGGUAACCCUGAAGCAACAGAGCAGUUUGCAGAGCGUAUGGCGCAGAUGAAAGAAGAUCCUGAAUUGAAACCUAUACUAGCUGAGAUUGAUGCUGGUGGUCCUUCUGCUAUGAUGAAGUACUGGAAUGAUAAAGAUGUAUUGGCAAAGCUGGGUGAAGCAAUGGGUAUAGCUGUUGGAGCAGACCAGAGUGUUGCACCUGAACCUGAGGAGGCCGAAGAAGGGGAAGAGGAAGAGUCUAUUGUUCACCAAACUGCUAGUCUCGGUGAUGUGGAGGGUUUAAAAGCUGCAUUGGCAUCUGGUGGUAACAAAGAUGAAGAAGACUCUGAGGGAAGGACAGCAUUGCAUUUUGCAUGUGGAUAUGGCGAGAUGAAAUGUGCUCAAGUUCUUCUGGAUGCUGGAGCAAACGUGAAUGCGGUUGACAAAAACAAGAACACGCCAUUGCAUUAUGCUGCUGGUUAUGGGAGGAAAGAGUGUGUAAGCCUUCUCCUAGAGAAUGGUGCUGCAGUUACUCUGCAAAACAUGGACAGUAAAACUCCCAUUGAUGUGGCCAAGCUUAACAAUCAGCUCGAUGUGGUGAAACUGCUUGAGAAGGACGCUUUCCUCUGAGGAGGGAUACGUCUCUCUUCUUCUGUGUCUUGUAAUAGUCUCACAGAGUCUGAUUGCAAACUUGUCUUCUGUGGGUUUGUUUCAUCAUUAAAUUUGGAAAAAAUGAAAAGAUGGAAAAAACAUGUUUAUUUAUGGUUUUUUUAAUGAAUUUUUUUUUUUCUUUC